CAGGGAGGUCGAAUGCUGGUUUACAUUUCAUAAAUUCCUUUUUUGUGAAAAGACUCAGACGGAGAAAAGGUGGCAUUGGAGGCAGAAUCUCCCAAAAGAGAGGAAAAAGAAACCCUGAAUGGACUGAUAUUUUUGUAAAAGCACUGAUGGCAAACUUCCUAAAAUACUUCACCACUGUGGGCGAUGAUUACCAAAAGUGGCAAGAAGAAGAAAGCCAUGAUGAUCUAACAGAUGCUAAUGAAAAAAACUUUCCAUCUGGAUUAACUUUCAGGGAUGCUCUCAAAUGGUUAUUUAAUUCAAACAAUUUUCAGAUUGCCGUUGUGUGUUUAGUCAUUCUGGAUGCAUUGUUUGUACUGUGUGAAUUGCUGAUGGAUUUAGCAGUCAUUGAAGUGGACAAAGAGAAAAUAGCGCCUCAGGUAUUUCACUACCUGAGUAUUGCUAUUUUGACUUUCUUUAUAUUGGAGCUGAUUGGUAAAUUAUAUGCCUUCCGUUUGGAAUUUUUCUGGCACAAGUUUGAAGUCCUGGAUGCAGUAAUUGUUAUUGUAUCUUUCAUUCUUGAUAUUGUCUACAUCUCCCGGGAAGAUGCUUUUGAUGGCGUGGGCUUACUUAUACUGCUUCGACUGUGGAGAGUGGCAAGAAUAAUAAAUGGAAUCCUGAUGACUGUGAAGUCACGUGCAGUAAAGAAAGAAACUGAGCUUAAACAUGCAAACACCCACCUCAACCGGAGAAUUGGUGAGCUCCAGAAUGAAUGCACUCAACUGACACAAGAAGUUGAGAGACUACGUAGAUUGCUCCAGGAACACAACAUAAAUGAUCCGAUCAACUAAAAUUGCUUUCUGCAUAAGUUUUGAAUGAAAGCUGAAUUUAGAAUGGCACUUGAAAUAAUUUUUGUAAACACUCCGCCUGAGUCUUUUCAGAAUAAGACACAGCUUUUCUUGUGUACCUCAGAAGAUAAUGGUGUACAUUUUCUAACAAUGAUGUGAUGCCAAAGAAUGAUAAUCAAGCUUGCUUCCCAUAAUUCAAUUUUUAUUAAAAAAAGGCCAUUUGUUCAAAUCA